GUCGAUUCAGUUUGUUCUGGCCACGAGAAUGAAACACGAUGAUAAACAGUUUUACGUUCAUCGUCAAUAAUAAUUCUCGAUAGUUUGUAAUUGCCGCACAAAAUGGACUAUAAUUACCAAGGAGUAUUGAGACAUCUUUAUUGCGAAAUGUGCAAAGAAAAAGUUCCUUAUAAAGACGGAUGGAGACAUGGGUGUUUUCAAAAUAUAGACUUUGAUAAAAUAACAUGUAUUGGAAAUGUUAUUGUUAACCAAAGCGAUUAUGAUAAUUUUGAGUUUUUGGAUGAAGAUGAAGAGGAGGUUUUACAGGCAGAUAUGAACCAAAUUAACAAUCCAGUUAAGAUUAAGGGCAAAAAUCUUCCUAUUGUCAAAAGUGUCGAAUCUGUAGAUUUUGCUACUUAUAAAACAAGUAUAGGUUCUCAAAAAAUGUGGACCGUUAAAACUGCUCCCACACAAAUUAAUUCUCAUGACUUGAUAACUUCAUCAGUACUAAAGAAUCCUACUUUAAUAGCAGAGGAAUCUAUUGAAAAUAAUCAACCUAAUUCGAAAAAUAGAAUGAUGAAUCUAAAAACUAGGGAGACUAUCUCUUUACCACCAACUGCUCCCACACAAAUUAAUUCUCAUGACUUGAUAACUUCAUCAGUACUAAAAAAUCCUAAUUUAAUAGCAGAGUAA